GAUUAUCAGAAACGCAGAAGAAAAUAAAAAGCACUUUUCUUAAAUUUUUAUUUUGUUGAAUAAAGUCGAUCCGAAUAAUGGGUCGAUUUAUAUUUUUGUUUUUUAGUUCAUUACUCUACGGUCAGAUAUCAGAGGGUGCUAUUUGGGAACAUGGAGAGGACCUAGAGGGAAGUAAAAUUAUUUCAGAAAUUACAGGACAGAUGACUAUUAAGCAGAAAACUCGUCAACUUACUUUCAAUGUGCCGAAAUGUAUGCAAAUUAUUUACGUGAGGGCAGACAUCAGUAAUGAUGUGUCCACACCGGCUAUACAUUUCAACAAGCAUAGUAACAUAGUAACCAUUCAUUACAAACCGGUUGACAAGAGUGUCUGUCAGUACAAGGUCACUGCCAAAGCUAUUACUGACAAGAAAUGCGCUAGCGGACAAGGAAGCGAUGAAACGGGUAGUAAGCCUGACAAUAAAUUCAAGAAGCGCCCUACGAAAAAACAGAGAAAAUAUACCAAUAAAUCUACCAAACGGCGGCCGGCUAAACGCAAACCAGUAUACUUCUGAUGGUUUAGAGGAAAUCCGAUGUAAAGCGCGAAAAUUUAGUUCUUUACACUCCAGUGGCGAAGGGUGAAAUUUUUCAAAAGGUAACCCGGUGUAAAAAAAAUUGUCGUCAGUUAAGAUAUCGGGGC